AUGAACGAGUUCUGCCCGAGCGUCUUCUUCUACUUAUGUUCCGUGGUGCCGCCGAUUUGGAUCCUGGAGCUGGACCUGGCGUCGAGUAGGGCGAACGCCUCCGCCAGCUGGAAUGCCACCGAUUGCUAUUCCAUGCAGAAGUUUCCGCCCACCAACCCGAGCACGAAGGAGGCGCUCUCUCGACUUCUCGACAUUUACUUGCCGUUAGCGCUGCCGCGUGAGCAGUGGGCAAAGAUCUUAGAGCAGAUGCUGCUCGUGAUCCUCAUCGUCGGCAGAUGGCUUCUACCCAAAGGGGAGCUGACCCGAGACCAGUUGUCUCAACUGCUUCUAGUCUACAUCGCCAUGGCGGCGGACAUCGUUGAACUCUUCGAGGCCUUCAAGGAGAAGGAGGUCAUCGUCAACAAGGAGCUCACUUUCUACAUCCUCGGUCAGAUGUGUCAGCGCUUCCUCUCUUGGUUCUAGCUCAGUGGCGUGCAAUUAGGCCAUGUAAAUCAUGCACCGCAUGGCCUGUUCGGACGAGAAAAAGGUGG